AGCUGAAGUGGCCAAGGUGACUAGAUGAUUAAAGGCGUGACUGGUUGGAUUUUACGUGCAUUACCGGGUCCAUAAAUACUGUUUUGAACUUUAAGAUACUGAAUCGCUUUAAAAUCAAUUAGAACUUUUAAUUUUUCAACAUAAAAUGAAGUAAUCAUUAACAUUAAAUCUUUUGAUAGUACAUUAUUCUGUUUCCGCGCCUGGAUUUUGUGUCAGUAAUAACUAUAAAUAGUUUAUACGUAUACAUUUUGUAAAUAAACGUUUCAAGAUUGCAAAAUUGAAAUGGAGUACGAUUGAUAAACAAAUUUCUAAAGGUUUUGUAGAAUUAUAUUCUUUGGAGACAGGUAUUGAUUGUAUGACAGUUACAAAAAUGUUUUGUUUGAUGUUUUAAUUUUUGUAUGUUCAUACAGCGUUGGAGGAUUUGUGAUACUGGUAAAUCGAAAGUAGGUCGAAUUUUUCAAGGGCAGUGGAUAGUUCGUUGAAAAGACUGAUACACAUUCUCAAUCAAUGGCGACGUCCUCUGUGUCGGUCCAAUGGCGAGUUGAAGGUAACUCUCACUACCGUAGCGUUAGUGACAGCCUCGCCCCUGUCGUGCGCAAGGCAAGGUUCCAGAAAGCUCUCACGUGCUAUGAGACUGCUCAUUCUGCUGGUACUUGUGAUGAAGAAAUUUCGUCUGCUGCUAAAAAUGCCGGACUAACCACAUGGAAACUGACAAAGCUUGCUGCAGAUACUAGAGAUAGUUGGUCCGUUAUCAAGCGGUACCUUAAACAGUCGCUCAAAUAUUUUAACCAAGCUUACAGAACUGGGACCAGUUGCGGGAAGUCGGAUGAGUGGAAGGACAAUAUUCUUGCAAGCUGCAGGGGAUGCUGGGAGGAAAUAGGCAAGGCGACUGAGUCUUUACCAAAAAUGGAUGAAGAAGACCGUAUAAUUACCAUACGUGAAUGCAUAGACUUUAUCCCCAUCAUUGAUAUGAAAGCAGACUGCUAUUUGGAAAUUGCGGAAUUUCAUUUUCACCGCGGAGUUAAAGCCAUUGCUGUUGGAGAAUACAAAAAAUGUCUGUGUAAUAUGCACGACUGUUACUACCCGUUGGCGGAAGCAGUAAAACAUGGCCGAAAUAUUGAAAGAAUACACAAAGAACAUGCUGUACUGGAAGCAGACGUGUUUAUGAAUACUGCAAUAGCCGAAUCUAUACAAUCCAGAGAAACAGGUGACGCUCUGUUAGAGAAAGUGCUUAUGGACGAAGAGACGUUAAAUAUAGAUAUGGUAUGGGAGGUGAUCGACUGGUACAAGAACGCCAUUCUCAAGGUACGUGACAUAGAUAUGAAGCAAGAAGCUAUGGCACUCCACAAGAUAGGCGUGGUCUAUGAUAAAGUGUUUAAGAUCAAAUUCCGAGCCAAAAUCUACCUGAAGAAAGCACUAGAGCUAGCACAGUCCAUGGUACCCCAGUGCUUCGCGAGUGAAGAUUGGUAUAAAGAAUGUACUUCCAUCCUGGAGCGGUACCAGAAGGAAACAGUCCAGUACGAACAGGAAAAGGAUAACAAAGAAAGAGAGGAAGCCAGGAAAAAGCUCAAACCGGAAAUUGAUGAAAUUGACAAACAUGAGAGUGACACGGUCUUAGAAUUUCUCAGAUUCGUUUACAAGAAAUAUCCUCGAAAAAAUGAAAAACACAAACUGGACGUGACAGACAAAACUUCGGAGUUGUCGUUCGACCAGAGAUACAAGUUGCUGCAGCAGGCGGUUAUACAUUUUCACCCUGACAGGGUUAGGGUGGACGAGGAAGGUUUAGAAGCGAAAGUUCUCAGCGAGGAAGUGACAAAACGACUAACUAAGCGAUAUGAAACGAUAAAAUCUCAGAAAUAAUGAAACAUUCUAUGCAAACUCACAACGAGAUAUGAGCAGAUAAAUCUCAACAUUUGAGAUGUCCUGGUAAACUCAUAUUGAUGUUAUUUAGAAUACCAACACAUUGUUACAAAUACUGGAAAUAUGAAAAAAUGCAUUUUCUAAUGCUAUAAUUAAAUAAAGUAAAAGCUAUUGUUACGGGACCAAAUUGGUGAACUAAUGGCAAAGAGCUUUUACACGUGUAUUUCAUCAUACGCAAAUUACUCCUUAUACAAUUAUUAUGUUGAUAGCUUAAUUAUAGUGAAAAGUUCAAAAUACAACAACUAAUGAGAAAAUGUCAAACUUACAGACACGGAACCAUUCUAACUUUCUCGCAAUUGUUUUUGUUUUCUUUGUACGGUUUAUGUGCUAAAGAUACUAACGUUUACACUUAUAGCUGACUCCUCAAGAUACAGUAAUUGCUUUAAUUCCAGGAACUUUCUUUCUUCAUGAAUGUGCCAAAUGUAAAGCAUCUGGGACACGUGGACUCUUAUCAGAAGGUCAGUGUUUUUUAUUGGAAGAACGAUGGAUAGAACUCACAACUCCUAGUUUUCUGAGUCGCCGUGUUACCACCAGCCCGAUUUAUAUAGAAAUUGAUUACAUUUAUUGCAUAUCUGAGACGGUUAAUUAUUUUCGUAUCAAAAAUAGCUGAGUAUAUCUGGACCGUUUCGUUAUCGUUUCGUUUUGGUGCUGGAGAAUAGUCGUAUUUCACAUUCUCAGUUCGUGUGUUACCCGAUGUUAGGUGCGACUAUUUUUGUUGCUUGUUUGCUGUUAUUUUAUUUUAUUUUCCAACACAGAAGUGCAAGAUAUUAUUAUUCAUUACAUACUCGUUUCUAUUCCCCGUUAAGUUACACUGGUACCGGAAACGUCAAUAUUUUUCCACUGACGGCUGAAUUUCAUAUCCGGGUGCCUGACGUAAUUCAGUGUGUGUUGUUGCACUAUUUUUUCUAUUUAGUUCAGUAUUGUCAAUCCUAUUCAGGCUAUUGAGACUAUGAUAUUUACAUAAUAUUUAUACAUAUAGGUGCGUAUGUAAUAAAAAGGUUAUUAUCUUUGCAUCGGGAAAUAUGCACUCGUUCUUCAGCGGAUGAAUAUUGCGCUCCUAAAGUCGCGCAAUAUUUCCGCUGAAGAACUCGUGCAUAUUUCCCGAUACAAAGCUAAUAACCUAUAAAUAUUGCACUGAACACGAUGCGUUCAAGACGUGUCUGUCCGCUUGUCCUGUUAUGAUAUCAGGAUGUUGAUGAAAACUCACUCCCCUUCAUCCUGAUGAUUGUAAUCUUACAUUUUCAUGUCAAAUAAAUCGUUCUGUGGUGUUUUUGUGCGAGCAUCCAAGCUACAGUGUUUGAUACCUGUCGGCACAAAUUUUUAUCUCAUAAAAGUUGUUUCCAUGUACAUUACGUGUAUUUCAUUGGACAGUACAUUUGUAUUUCAAUGAUUUGGUAUUACAAAUUCAAUGUUCAGCACAUGACAGUGUGUAUUACAAAUUCAAUGUAAAGCACACGUGUAUUUCAAUGUACAAUGCACGUGUAUUUCAUAUAUUUUCGUAAAAAAUGAAGUGUUGUAAAUUGCAAAAAAUAAUGUCUUGACGGUGAUUUUAAAACGUUGAACAAAAUUUUUAAGUACACUACAUGGGGCUUUACUAAAUGGUUGUAUUCUUUAUUUGUUAUAACACUUUUUAUAUCAUUUUCUGUUUAAAUGACGAUAUUGGACAUGUUCAGCCCGUGAAUGUAUAGGUUAUAAUUCUUUUUUUUGUGUGUUUUGUUGUUUUGUUUUUGUGUAUGCAAAUUAUGCAUUUUGAAUAAUACUUUGUUUUUGUUGA